GAGCGCGCCCGGCGCUGCGCCUCCAUCCCUGCCCGCCGUGCCGCCGGCAUGUUCUCCAGGAAGAGCCACGCCGACGUCAGGAAAUCCACGCAGAAGGCGCUGGACCCCAAGCGGGACGUGCUGACCCGCCUGAAGCACCUCCGCGCUCUGCUGGAUAUUGUGGAUGGAAGUGACCUCAAGCAGUUUUUUGACAACAAUUAUUCUCAAAUUUAUUUUAUAUUCUAUGAAAACUUCAUAACACUGGAAAACAGCUUGAAACAAAAAGGGAAUAAAUCACAAAGGGAGGAGCUGGACUCCAUCCUCUUUCUUUUUGAAAAAAUAUUGCAGCUACUACCAGAGAGGAUUUUUUAUCGAUGGCAUUUUCACCAAAUUGGGUCGAUUCUGAAGAAGCUUUUGCACACUGGAAAUUCUCUCAAGCUCAGGUGUGAAGGAAUCCGCCUGUUCCUGCUGUGGCUGCAAGCCCUGCAGACCAACUGUGGCGAGGAGCAGAUCCUGAUGUUUGCCUGCCUGGUGCCCGGCUUUCCGCCGCUGCCGUCCUCGCGCGGGCCCUGCACGCUGGAGAGCCUGGUCAGCCCCCCGGCCGCGCCCGACGCCAAGAUAUUUCCAGAAGAAAUAACGCCGCUUUUGCCAGCUGUCUCUGGAGAGAAAAUUGCAGAAGACCAGACCUGCUAUUUUCUCCAGCUCCUGCUAAAAUACAUGGUAAUUCAGGCUGCCAGCUUGGAGUGGAAGAACAAGGAGAACCAAGACACUGGGUUUAAGUUUCUCUUUACUUUGUUCAGAAAAUACUAUCUUCCUCACUUGUUCCCAUCUUUUACAAAGCUAACCAACCUCUACAAACCUGUGCUGGACAUCCCUGAUAUCAGGCCGAGGCCAGUGUAUGUCACUGCAACACGGAACAAUGAGAGCGUCUACUGCACUAAAAUCCCCUACAUGGCAGCUCGAGUGGUUUUUAUCAAGUGGCUCGUUACCUUCUUCCUUGAAAAGAAGUAUUUAACUGCUGUUCAGAGCACAAAAAAUGGAGGAGAAAUGCUCCCUAAAAUUAUUCAGACAGUCGCCGUGGGCCAGGAGAAGAGCGUGGAGCUGGAGGCGGGCGCGGCGCCCGCGGGCGAGCAGGAGCGCGGGCACUCCAGCAGCAGCAGCCUGUCGGACAGGAGGCUCAGCAGCUGCAGCCUCUGCAGCGUGGAGGAGCAGCACCGCGGCGUCUACGAGAUGGUGCAGGGCAUCCUGCUCUCCACGCGCGGAUAUGUCAACUUCGUCAACGAGGUGUUCCGCCAGGCUUUUUUGUUGCCGCCUUCUGAUAUAUCCGCAACACGGAAGGUGGUGAAAGUGUACCAGAAGUGGAUACUGCAGGAGAAACCUGUGUUCAUGGAGGAGCCAGACAAGAAGGAGGACAGCCAGGAUGCUGUUGCUCCCUUGGAAGACUCCUCAGUGCAAACAGACGGUAAACAUCUCUCCUCAGAGCCCUGCGGGCACAAGCGCUCCUCCAGCUGGGGCAGGACCUACUCCUUCACCAGUGCCGUCAGCAGGGGCUGCGUGCUGGAGGAUGAGGACAGGGAUGUGAAGGCUGGUGCUCAGGCUGCACUGCAGGUAUUCCUGACAAACUCAGCGAACGUUUUCCUGCUGGAGCCAUGCACUGAGGUCCCUUUGCUGCUGAAGGAGCAGGUGGAUGCCUGCAAAGCUGUUCUCAGCAUCUUCAGGCGCAUGAUAAUGGAGCUGUCCAUGAACAGAAAGACAUGGGAACAGAUGCUGCUGAUACUCCUCAGAAUAACAGAAGCUGUGAUGCAGAAGCCAAAGGAGAACCAGACCAAGGACACGUUUGCUCAGAGCAUGGCGGGGCUGCUGUUCCGAACCCUCAUUGUGGCUUGGAUCAGAGCCAACCUGAGCGUUUACAUCUCCCGGGAGCUGUGGGAUGAGCUGCUCAGUGUCCUGUCCUCCCUGACGGACUGGGAGGAGCUCAUCAACGAGUGGGCCAACAUCAUGGACUCCCUGACGGCAGUGCUGGCCAGGACUGUGUAUGGUGUGGAGAUGACAAACCUGCCCCUGGACAAGCUCAGUGAACAGAAGGAAAAAAAGCAGAGAGGCAAAGGUGGUGUUUUAGAGCCUCAGAAGACAGCUGUAAUAGGAAGAUCUUUUUCCUUAAGCUGGAAAAGUCACCCCGAAGUUGUGGAGCCAAUGAGAUUCAGAAGUGCCACAACCUCUGGGGCCCCAGGAGUGGAGAAAGCAAGAAACAUUGUCCGUCAGAGAGCCACAGAAGUUGAAGAAUCUCAACAGCUGGAAAAUUCAGAAGGAACAGAAGCUGCAGGCCCCUUUGCAGACCAAGAGCAGCAGCUGACUCGAAGCAGCAGCACUUCAGAUAUUGCAGAUCAGAUUCCAUCUGAUUUUUUUCAAGGUAAAAAGGCUGGAAAUUCAACUUCAGACUCCAAAUCAGUUCAGGAAAAUAAGGGAUAUGUAAAGGAGCAUGAAGCUGAGCAAGUGCUAAUGCAGAGGAGCAGCAGUACAGCUGAGCUGGAUCUGAAAGCAGACUUGCAGCAAUCUCACGGCUAUUACAGAGAGAGAGAGAAAAGUGAGAGCGUGAGCAGUGACACGUCCCUGGGCUGUGGAGCUGACGUGGACAUCGCACUGGUGGCCUGGCAGGCGGCCGAGGAUGACCCCGAGGCCGGGCUGGCCACGGGAGCGGGCGGGGAUCCUGCAGCGCCACGCUGGCUCCAGCUCAGCCCCUCGCAGGAGCCCGCCAACCUCACAGACAGCAGUGAGUUCCUGGCUGAUGAUUGCAGUAUAAUUGCUGGUGGGAGCCUUAUUGGUUGGCAUCCUGAUUCUGCUGCUGUGCUGUGGAGGAGAAUCCUGGGAAUUCUUGGAGAUGUGAACAACAUACAGUCACCUAAAAUCCAUGCAAAAGUUUUUGGCUAUCUUUAUGAGCUCUGGUAUAAACUUGCAAAGAUCCGGGACAACCUCGCUAUCAGCGUUGACAAUCAGUCAACUCCCUCUCCUCCCGUCCUGAUCCCUCCUCUCAGGAUAUUUGCAUCAUGGCUGUUCAAGGCAGCCAUGCUGCCCAGCGAGUACAAGGAGGGGAAGCUGCAGGCGUUCCGGCUGCUCUGCGCCAUGAUGAGCCGGCGCCAGGACCUGCUGCCCAACUCGGACUUCCUGGUGCACUUCUACUUCGUCAUGCGCCUGGGGCUGACCAGCCAGGACCAGGACAUCCUGAACACUGUCAUAAAGCACUGCCUGCCGUGGUUCUUCUUCCUGGGGCUGCCUGGCUUCACAAUGCUGAUCGGGGACUUCCUCGGAGCGGCGGCACGCGUGCUGAGCGUGGACACGCCGGAGGCUCCCCGCUCCGAGGCUCACACCAUCCUUGGUGCCCUUGUGUGCUUUCCAAACACCUACAAAGGAAUCCCACAGUUGGGACCCAUCUCAGAAGCUGGCGAGAGCAUCACAGGAACUGCAGAUUUGAAGUAUUGCCUCAUAAAUAUUUUAUUGAAGAAUGCCGCAGAGGAGCCAAGUGAAGCUGCAAGAUGCAUAGCCAUCUGUGGCCUCGGCGUGUGGAUCUGUGAGGAGCUCACGCAGUGCACGAGCCACCCGCACGUGAAGAAAGCCAUCAAUGUCAUAGGUGUGACACUGAAGUUUUCCAACAAGCUGGUGGCUCAGGUAGCCUGUGACGUCCUUCAGCUGCUGGUGUCUUACUGGCAGAAGCUUCAGGAGUACGAAUCCUCUCUGUGCCGGAAAAUUACGGAAAUCCUGGUGGCCACCAUCGCGUUUCUCCUGCCCGGUGCUGAAUACUCCUCCAUGGAAGUGGAUAAGAAGUUCAUAGUUUCACUGCUGCUUUGCUUGCUGGACUGGUGCAUGGCACUGCCCAUGAAGAUGCUGCUGGAGCCCGUGUCUGCUGGUGCUGUGGAGGAUCAACAUGCUUCUAGAGCUCCUUUGCUGGAUUAUAUUUACAGAGUCCUGCACUGCUGCAUCAAUGGCUCCAGCACCUACACGCAGCAGAGCCACUAUGUGCUGAGCCUGGCUGACCUCUCCUCCUCUGACUACGACCCCUUCUUGCCCCUGGGGAACGUCAGGAGCUCCUCUGAGCCAGCCCAGUGCCCCUCAUCCACUGAUUUGGGCAACCUGCUCACCGUGGCUGAAGAGAAGAGGAGGAGGAAUCUGGAGCUGAUCCCUCUCACGGCUCGGAUGGUCAUGACUCACCUGGUGAACCACCUGAGCCACUACCCGCUCAGCGGGGGCCCCGCCAUCCUCCACAGCCUCCUGAGCGAGAACCACGACAAUUCCUACGUGGAGUCCUCCGAGCUGUGCUCGGAAGUGUUCCGCAGCCCCAACCUGCAGCUGUUCGUGUUCAACGACAGCACUCUCAUCUCCUACCUCCAGAUCCCCGCCGAGAAGAAGGUGGGCGCCGAGCCGGCGGCGGCGCCCUCGGACGUGCGGGUGAUCGUGCGGGAUAUCUCAGGGAAGUACUCCUGGGAUGGCCGGGUCCUGUACGGGCCCCUGGAGGGCUGCCUGCCGCAGCGCAGCACGGCCGCCGCCUUCGUCGUCUCCAGCGACCCCCAGCAGGAUGGCCUGUCCCAGAACGAUGUCUCCCAGGUGGAGGAGGGGGAGGACGCCCUGGACCAGCUGCUGGAGAGGAUCGGGAGCAGCAGCCCCGAGUGCCUCCCGCACCCGCAGCGCAAGCUGAACGAGCCGGCGCCGCCGCCCUGCGGGAUGAGCCCCGAGCAGGAGCGUGCCAUCACCGAGGCCCUGCUGCAGCAGAGCGCCCAGGAAAGGGAGUUCAUCCUCAAGCGCAGCUCGGACUGCAGCAUGAGCGUGGCCCGCCAGGAGCCACCGCCUCCUGCCCAGCCCCAAGCCUCCUUUUAUUUCUGUCGCCUGCUGCUGAACGACCUGGGGAUGAACUCCUGGGAUAGAAGAAAAAGCUUUCAUCUGCUGAAGAAAAAUUCAAAGUUGCUGCGAGAACUGAAAAAUCUGGAUUCCCGCCAGUGUCGUGAGACUCACAAGAUCGCCGUGUUCUACAUCGCUGAGGGACAGGAGGACAAGUGUUCCAUCCUGGCCAACGCCAGGGGCAGCCAGGCCUAUGAAGAUUUUGUUGCUGGGCUGGGCUGGGAGGUCGACCUGUCCACGCACGGCGGGUUCAUGGGCGGCCUGCAGCGCAACGGCAGCACGGGGCAGACCGCGCCCUACUACGCCACCUCCACCGUGGAGAUCAUCUUCCACGUGUCCACAAGGAUGCCCUCCGACUCAGACGACUCACUGACCAAAAAGCUCCGUCACUUGGGAAACGACGAGGUUCACAUCGUGUGGUCCGAGCACACCCGCAACUACCGCAGGGGCAUCAUCCCCACCGACUUCGGGGACGUCCUCAUCGUCAUCUACCCCAUGAAGAACCACAUGUUCUUCAUCGAGAUCAUGAAGAAACCCGAGGUGCCGUUUUUCGGUCCCCUCUUCGACGGUGCCAUCGUGACCGCGAAGCUGCUGCCGAGCCUGAUCUGUGCCACGUGCAUCAACGCCAGCAGAGCCGUCAAGUCCCUCAUCCCACUCUACCAGAGCUUCUACGAGGAGAGAGCUCUGUACCUCGAAGCCAUCAUCCAGAACCAUAAAGAAGUGAUGACGUUUGAGGAUUUUGCCGCUCAGGUCUUCUGUCCCUCUCCCAGCUACUCCCUCGGUGGAACUGAUUAGAGUGUUAAUGCUCUCGGUACAGUAACAGCCACAGGCUGCCUCACCACAAGUGCAAGCGCCGACCUCGCUGACACCACUGGCGUCGAGCUGGUGGAGCCGCCCUCGCCCUCGCGUGCCUCCAGGAGCAGGCUCUCCAGGAAGCUCUGCUAGCGCCCUCGGCAAGGUGUCCACCUGAACCCCGGAGAACGGAGCUGUGGCCGGGGCAGCCACGGCACCUGAGCACAGAUCAGAAAGGGCAGUCUGGGUGAAUACGUCUUGAGGGGUGAGGCGAGGGGUUUGCUCUGUGAAAUGGCCCUUCCCCAGUCUGGUCAGACAUGGCUGGGGAUCGGAUGUCACCUGUGUCACCAUCACCACGGCACUGGCACCAGGUGAGCAAGGGCCCCAAGCCCCUGGGUGCAGGUGCCGCAGCCAGAGGUGAACCAGCACUGAAACUAGUUAUUUAAUGUACCCUUAGAGCAUCGCUUUAGUCAUCCCAGGCAGCACCUACCUGUGCAUUAAGGAGUUUCUUCUAAAGAGAGGUCUUCCUGUGACUGGCCAGGUAGCAGAUGUUCCCUGCUGGAGCACAGGUGGAUGAGGGAGGAGCUCUCCAGUUGGUGCUGUCCCACUGCAGGAGUGCCGUGGCCUUUCUGUGGUGUGUGCACUGGCUGCUCACUGGAACUGCUCCCUAGAUAAAAUAAAGGGAAAACAAAACAAGAAUAAGCAAAUCCCUUUUAGAAGAACAAAAACCACACUCCUGCCAUGAUCCCUUCCCUGCACAGUGUGGGUAACCUCCUCACCUUGUCCCAGCAGGCUGACCUGUCUCUAGCCAGAGUACAACACAGCUGAAGGCUUCUGAGGACUUAGGAUGUCCUCCUGGCACCUGCUGUAGUGAGCAGAGCUCAUGUUGGCAGUAGCUGAUGUGUUUUGGUUUACACGUGUCGUAGGUUGAUGGGGUGAAAAUUUUUAUAGUUAAAUCCCAGGUAUUUUAAAGCAACAGAAAUCUGAGAUCCAGCAGCCACAGAGCCCUGUGCUGCUGCUGCUUGGUUGCUCCUGGGCACACACAUGCACACCUCCCAACAGAAUGGGAGUUGCUUUAAUAGAAGGGAUUGUGUUUUUUGGGAAAUGCGCCGUUGGGCCCCCAUCUGUUUUUGCACUUACACUCGGUGUUACAGCCAUCUGUCUGUCUGACCGUCUGAGUGCCAGCACCUGGCCAGAGGCCACCCUGUGCCUGUGGGGCACAUUCCAGCCAUGGCAGUGAUGCCCAGGCAGCCCUGGGGCUCUGCCCUGCACUCUGUGCCCGAGGGGCAGCAGCGCAGCCUCCUGCCCAACAGGAACUCACCUGGUGCAGCUGCAGGAAGGAGCCUCUGUCACUGAGGGCUUGGACAACUGGUUUGAUUUUCUGCCUCACAGUUGGGCUUUGCUUCUGUUGAUUUUCUGUCAGUGAAGGAACCUAGAAAAUAAAACAUGUAUUUUAAUUUAUUUUACAUUCAGGGCUGGACAGACAAGUCUGUCUGGCGCUUAGUUAUCCAAUAGCUGGUCUGAAACAAUUUCAAAGGCAUCCUUCUGAGUAAGGAGCCCUUUCUCCUUAGAGCAAUAUGUACCUCUAAUUCAGGGAAGAAUUAAGACAUCAAUGAAAAAUCAUGUUUUCCUGAUGUCAAAAAACUCUUAAUUUGUAUAAACUCCGCUGUGGUUUUGCACCCUGAACUGGAUGACAAAGCCACUCUGUCACCCCUCACAAAAUUAAUAAAUCUUUGCUCACAAUAAAAUUUCUCCCCAGAGCAAUAAAA